AUUCCGUACAAAUUCUUCACCGGAAAGUAUUAAAAACCAAUAAAUCAAGAAACUUUUCCGGCGAAGUUAUGGCUUCAUUCUCCGGUCGUUUCUCCGUCGUCUCGGCGGCCAUCAUCGUCCAAUUUCUGGCGCUGACGGCCAACUCCGCCGUGGCACAGCGUUCCAUUUUCAUCGACUCCGUCUGCGAGCGUGUCUCCGACAAAACCUACUGCCUCAAAACUCUGUUGGGGAAUCCUGCGGCUCUUGCCGCCAACGGUCUGUUCCCCCUGGCCGAGGUCGUAGUGGGUCUUGGGAAGGCUCACGCCGAGAAGACGUUGGCCUUCAUCGACGAGGCCGCGAAGAGGGACCCCUCGAAGAAGGCCGAGUUCGCGUCGUGCCGUAACGCCUACGUGGCAAUCCAGGCGUCGUUCCGAAGCGCCUUGGGCGAGCUCACGUCCUCGCCGGACACGGCUAACUACGACGUCAUGGUGUCACGUGACCAGACGACGGAGGUGACGUCAUUGAUCGGAAAAAACACGGACGUCGCCUCCAAGACGCUGGCGAUGAUGAACGAUCAGAUGAUCCGUUUCAUCGAUUUGGCCACCGGAGCCACCGAUGCCGUCGACGACGACGACGAGAACACUUUCCGUCGUGCUUGAUGCGGUUCGGUUUAUAUCCGGUCCGGUUCAAUAUAUAUAUUUUUGGGUUUCUUUUCUUUUUCUUUUUCUUUUUUACGUUUGGUAAAACACACAAAUAUAAAAAGGUCAAUAAAUAUGUUAUAAUAAGAAAUGUGUUACCUGUACAUCUCUAUAUCUAUAUAUGAAAUUACAUAUAUAGAUGCGUUUUUUUUUU